AUGCCAAGAACAGUCGAAUACAGCGUGUUCAGCGGCUCUGAGAGCGGCGACAUUCUCACCGAAACAGUCCAACGCACGAUCCAGUCCAACGAAGCCCUCGUCGAGAUCACACACGCGGGACUCUGCGGAGCGGACAAGCUAUCGAAGACAAAGAAUAUCCCAUUGGGUCACCACGGAGCCGGGAUAGUGCGGGAUGUCGGGUGCGCGGUGCAGUAUGUCAAGAUAGGCGACAGGGUCGGGUUCAACGGAUCGCAGAUUCCGUGUGGAAACUGUGAUUAUUGCAUUGGGGGCAAAGAGCAGUACUGCGUACAAAGUAAGCAUUUCGAGAGAGUCGCGUCCUUUGCGACGCACGCUGUAUGGCAUGAGAACAUGCUCAUCAAGCUCCCCGAGGGUGUCGAGUCGAAAUACGCCGCUCCACUCAUGUGCGGUGGCGCGAUCAUGUGGGAGGUCUUGACGGCGAAUGACGUGAGACCGGGAGAUCGAGUUGGUAUUCAUGGGAUAGGAGGACUGGGACACGUUGCUAUUCUGAUGUCGAGUGCGCUGGGCUGCGACGUGGUGGUGUUCUCCAGCAGCGAGUCAAAAAGACACGACGCGAUGGCAACUGGCGCAAAGGAGUUUCACAUCACGCAUGAUAUUGUCCCGGGGGCUCCUGUAGCGCCAGUACAGCAUCUUUUCUGGUGUCGUGAUGGAGCGCCUGAUUUUUCAAAACUCAUAUCGCAAGUAUCCUGCAGCGGCACCAUAUACAUCCUCGCCGUAGGCCUCGAAGCAGUAUCCGUGCCAAUGCAGUUGGUGGUGAAGAACGGCAUUCGGAUCCAAGGAUGCUCGAAUGCGUCCCGGAAGACAAUGCGGAAAAUGCUGCAGUUUGUACGACUUCAUGGCAUUCAGCCGUGGAUAAUGACCUGGCCCAUGACUGCUGAUGGUAUUCAGGAUGCGUUCAAGGCGUUGAAUGAGAGUAAGAUGCGAUAUCGGGGAGUUCUUGUGGGAGAAUUUGGGAAUUAG